ACCACGCGGUUCCCUCUUAUUUAAAGUGGUUUUCAUCGGCCCAGGCCAGCGCAGCUGCCUCUGCUUAAACUCCUUUCACUUUCCCCUUCCCUUUCUUUCUUCUGAACAAUUAGCCGCAGAAAUCUAAAAUUAAAAAGCGAAAAAUCAAACUUUCAUACGAAGAAGAAGGAGAAAUUGAUAUCUUUAUCUUCUAACAUUUUGCAGACGGCCAUGAAAAGACCGAUCGGAGGCUCCGAUUCAUUCUCCGGGGGCGGGUCAGCAUUAGAUGUGUACGCGGCAGGGGAAUUCCGGUCGAUGAUGGAGGGAAUCGAGGAGGAGGAAUUGGGGUGCGCGGAGGAAUCCGGCGGGCACGGCGGCGGAGAGAAGAAGCGGCGGCUGGCGGUGCACCAGGUGAAGGCUCUGGAGAAGCAUUUCGAGGUGGAGAACAAGCUGGAGCCGGAGCGGAAGGUGAAGCUGGCCAUGGAGCUCGGGCUUCAGCCGCGGCAGGUGGCGAUUUGGUUCCAGAACCGCCGCGCGCGGUGGAAGACGAAGCAGAUGGAGAGAGACUACGGUGUUCUCAAAGCCAAUUAUGAUUCUCUCAAGCACCAAUUCGAAUCUCUCCAGAACGACAAUGAAGCUUUGCUUGAGCAGAUUAGGGAGCUGAAAGAAGAGCUAAAUGUGGAAGAGGGAGAGAGAAAAGUGUCGGUGAAGGAAGAAGCGAUAGAAUCUGUCGGCGACGAGCAGUGGGCCCACCACUCCAACCCGCCGGCCAUUUCGCCGGCCGACGAAACCGGACUCCAGUUCCACCACUUCCACGACGCCGGAGCGGCCUCGAUUUUCUCCGAGUUUAAAGACUGGUCGUCGGACAGCGACUCCAGCGCGAUCCUCAACGAGGAGAACAGCCCCAACGCCACCGUCUCUCCGGCGUUCAUGGCGGCGCCGCCGUCGUAUCGGUCGACGGCUUCCUUCCCGUUCUCGGAGAUUCCGAGGACCAUCCUGCCAGAUUCGUACGAUUCGUGCACGAUUCUGCUCGCCGACGAGAAAGCUCCGACGCUACAGUGGUGUUGCCCGGAGGAUUGGGACUGGGAAGAUGACACCUGAGCCCGAGAAUUCCGGGAGGACGUGGUGGGAAAUUAAGGGAAAUCGAUGGGGAGGUUUUGUAAUUAACGUGAAAUCAUGGGUCAAUGUUUAGCAACUUGUUUUAAUUAUCGACCAAUUCCCCAAGUAGAUGUGAUAAGAGCUUAUUGUUCAUCGGCCUGAUGUUUACCAUAAUACUACAUUCGCCCCACAUUUCUCGGACAAAUAAAAUUUUAGGCCCGAUUGGGACUUUUCCCUUCACUCACUCCUUCAGUUGAAGAAUUAGAGUUUUUGGGAAAUAUUACUAUAUAAUCCCAGUUAGAAAAAGAUUGUAAAUUUCUAAAUUUUCUUUUUUGCGGUAAUUCCUACCUAAAAAUAAAUUUUUAACUUUUUC